AUGAGCGUCACCGGAGAUUCGAGACUUCUCGUACGCGUUUACAGCUUCGAGGCAGAGGAUCGGAAUCCACCCGGCAGCGACGCACACACGUUGGCACGCAUCGUGGCAGAAGGCCAGGAAGAUAGAGACACGGCAAUCGAUCCUUGGCGACGAUUCUUCGAGCCUCGUACUCCAAGUCAAGACAGUGACGGCUUCUUGACCGCCGCUCUCGAUGUAGAAACUGCAGCCCUGCGCGAGAAGUGGAUGCUUUUCCGAGAGUCAUGCCCAGACGCAGAGCAGUUGGAUCUGACAACUUCGCAACCGACGGUUAAAAGCGUCAAAGAGACUGUUCAGGCGGUUCAGACGGCCUGGGAGUCGUCACAACGGCAACAUGGCCGGUUCAACAAGGCCAAGAAGUUCUUCCACAGAUUUUGCGGUACGCUCAACUCACACAAGAUGAUGAUGGCCGUGUUGCCAUCCGGUAACGAGUACAUCUCCAUCUUCACCGGGGUUCUGAACGUGAUUAUCCACGCCAGCGCCAACCAUGAGAAAGUAGUGGAAGACCUCUCCAACGCGCUCUGCACGAUCGGCGAGCAUGUAAACGACUGUGCCACCGACCAGGAGCUCUUUCAGACGGAAGACUUGCAAAAGCUCAUCGCCGACCUGUACGCCCACAUCUUCCUCUUCCUGACGAGCGUGAUGGACUGGAUGAUGAAGAGGAGACGUCAGAGACUCCUCGACUCGUUCAAGGAAGACCUGCCCAGCGUCAUCGAGAACGACAUGGAGAAGAUCAGGGGCAUCUCGGACCGGAUCCGGUACCUGGCUGCGCAGAGCUCAAGGGCCGAGGCGCGGUCUACGCGGUUGGCUCUGGAGGAUCUCGCGAGAGACGUGCGCAUCGGGCUCGAGGGCGAGAGACGACACCAAGCGGAGAUGAUACAACAUGCCGAGGCGAUGAGACGUGAGCAGGGGCGCAGCUCGAGUAGUUGGAGCUUUGAGAAACGCCAGCAGCUUGCCGAGACCAUUGUUGACUUGCUGGAAGACAAGGCUCUGAGUUGGCUGGAGACCGCCCGUGAACCUCAAGGUUGGAGAUACAAUGGACUGCACAAAACCACAGCCUUCGCAGUUGAAGAGCCAAAAGCCAAAGUUCAACACACUUCCGAAGAAGUCGCCUUGAACUCUAGGUUUCUGGAGGACUACUUUGACAGAGAUAGGGUUCGUUUGCCUUAUGAUGCGUUUAACCCCGUCAUGGUGGAUGCGGAGACCGUCAGCCACAUCAGUGACUGGGCAAAGGCUCCGCCGCCCAACCUGUUGUGGCUCGAGGGGGAUCCCAUGCGGUGCGACGACUUUGACAACCCGGUUACCAUGAUGGCCGCUCGGGUCGUCGGUUUGGCAGACCAGGUGAAGACACCCGUAGUCUCCUACUUCUGUGAGCUUCGUCGAGACGAGAGGCUGCGCGACGGAAACGGUAGCAGGGAAGCGCAAGCGCUGGUUGGCCUGGUCUACUCCCUCAUAAGGCAGUUGUUGGAGUUGUUGCCGCCAGCUUUCGAAUCGUCGUCGGACCUCUCGACAGAGCGUUUCCGUUCUCUGGACGGAACAAUCCGCAGCUGGAACACGGCUCUCUCUGUGAUAGCCGACCUCGUGGACACCAUGCCCGGCUCGGUGUUCUGCAUCAUAGACGGGCUUCAUUGGCUCAACGAUAGAAGCACCGAUGACCGUCUACACGAGCUUCUCAAGGUAUUGCGAGGGGGGAAGCUAAAAGUGCUACUCUCGACUAGCGGAAGGUCGGUGGUUCUGAGAGAUGAACUCUCACGGUCGGAGACUGUGCACAUGAGAAGCAGGCAGCCACCUGGGCGUGGCAUUCCGCUGGAUAGAAAGAACUUCAGUGGCCGCGGGUGA